AUGUACCUAGGCCUAUACACCACCCUCCUCCUCCUCAUCACCCUGCUCCUCCUCCACGCCGUCCAUGGCUCUACCGCUAGCGCUGGGAAUAUAAAGAAAUCACGGCGAGCCACAGAACUAGAACUAGCCGAAUUGAAUUCCCGCAUGGGAGCCUGCAGUAGGGCGUUCCAGCUCGGGUUGAUUGACGGCGACUACUCGCAGACGCCCGAUUACUGCUCGGAGGACAACUAUGGCCUGGAGUUCACUGACACGACGGGUGGUGGUGGUGGGGAUGCGGGCGGGGAUGGAAUGGCAUGGCUGGAGAAUUCCAGGAGUGGUGUGAGUGGUGGGAGGAGGGUGGGAGCAGGUGCUGGGGCGGCGGCAGGGGCGGUUGUGGGGGGUGUUGUGGCGCUUAAAGAGUGCAGCCGCGGAAACGUAAAUGGCGCGCUGGACGCAGACUGGUCGAAUGUGCCCGAGUACUGCGGGGAGCCCUAUUACGGGCUUGAUUUGACGGGGGCGGAUAUUGAUCUGUAUAUCAACGGGGAGCUUCGUGUGGAGGGUGUCAAUGGUGAGACUGGGGGUGCGAGUGCGACUGGGGGUGCGACUGGGGAUGGGGAUGGCAUGGAAUGGCUAGAGACUUUCAGGAGCGGUGGGUGUAGGGGUGGAAGGGUUGGCGGUGGAGCUGUCGUAGUGGGCGCUGUGGCGUUUGUGGUUAUGAUGCGGUGGUAG